ACACAAGAGCUCCGAUCUCAAAUUGUCUCUUUCGCCCAACAACCAAACGAGCCACUACAUGAGGCGUGGGAACGCUUCAAAGAUCUUCAACGACAAUGCCCACACCACAAUUUUCCACCCGCUUUGUUGAUGAAUAGCUUCUACGACUCUCUCCAUCAAAACUUUCAAUACAUGGUGGAUAAUGCGACUGGUGGCGACAUAGGAGCAAAAACGGCUGAAGAAAUGAUGGAGAUUUUUGAGACGAUGAGUACAAACUCAUCUCAAAAGAGUAGCCGAGGAAAGAAGGCAAUGGUUCACGAGAUAGCACCCAGACAAGAUAUGAUAGCUCAUCAAAUCGCCGAGCUUACGGAACAAAUGGGGUUACUUAAUGCAAGAAGUAUCCAAUCGGUACAAGCCAUGACGAUCGAAUCAUGCGGAACAUGUGGAGUACAUGGGCACCGUUCCGAAGUGUGCCCAUCCGCUUUCGACCAAGACUUCGGAGAGCCACAUAUUGAUGCCAAUGCUCUCCAAGGCUACCAAAACCAACCUGUCAAUGAUCCGUACUCCAACACAUACAAUCCUGGAUGGCGAAAUCACCCCAACUUCUCGUGGUCAAACAACAACAACACCCAACAACCCCGACAAAAUUUCAUGCAACAACCGAACUGGCCAAACUUCGCUCCUCAACAACACAUGAGACCAAACUUCCCUCAACAACAGCAACCACAAAGGGGUCCUAUGGGAGGGAUGCAAAACCAAGGGGCUGGUCCUAGUUCGGCCACUCAAGAUGGAAAAUUGGAUAAAAUCCUCCAAUUUAUGACAAACCAAGAAUCCACCAUCAAGCGCAUGGAGACUCAAAUUGGCCAACUCGCUUCAAGAGUUGGCAAUUUGGAGGCCGGAUCCGACAAAGGGAAGCUUCCGAGCCAACCCGAGCAAGCAAAGGCAAUUACCGUUUUACGGAGCGGCAAAGUUGUCAACAACCAAGAAUGCGCAUUUGUUGAUAUAACUGACCCGUUCGUCGAAAAGAUAACCCAACAAGAAUGGAAAGCAAGGUACAUACCCGAUUUUGAAGAUAACAAAAAACCAACCGUCGACCUUUGCACAACCGACCAGCCCGAUGCAAAACCAACCCUAGAGCUAAAAGAACUACCUCGACAUCUCAAGUACGUAUUUUUAGAUGAAGAAAUGCAAAAGCCGGUAAUUAUUUUCGCCGAACUUGCAAAGGAUGAAGAAAGAAAGCUACUUGAGGUACUCCGAACGAAUAAACAAGCCAUCGGAUGGGGUUUAGGAGAUCUUAAAGGUAUUAGCCCUUCCACAUGUAUGCAUCGGAUCGUUUUGGAGGAUGGUGCCAAGCCAUUUCGGGAUAGCCAAAGACGGCUUAAUCCGAAUAUGAUGGAAGUUGUUAAGAAGGAGGUACUUAAGCUCUACUCCGAAAGGCUUAUUUUUUCGGUAGCCGAUAGCGAAUGGGUGAGCCCUAUCCACGUGGUGCCAAAAAAAGGCGGUAUCACU